UGAUUAUGAUUACAUAUUCUGUUGUGUGCUGCAGCAAGUAAGGAUUCCAUUGUUCUAUCUGGGACAUAUGACAAUAAAACACUCUUGACUUGACAAAGCACAAUUUCACCUCAGAAAACAUCACAUUUUGCAGCAAGUUUUAUGAAUAUGCACGUUUCCCAUCUUGCAAAAUAUUCUGACUGUUUACGGGCUGCGUUAGUUCUGCUUUUGUGUUAUUUCCAUUGUGAAAUAUGAAUAAAAACCACCUAUCCACAAUGUGUCUGUUCUCACACUUCAACAUCUCAGUGGGCCAAGGGGAAAUGAGGAAUUCUCCUCCUUGGAAAUUGUAUUUCACCGCUUGUGUUGCACUGAAACAUUGUUGCAUUUCUCACAAAACCGAACAUCUCAAAAGAUUGAAAAUUGACUGAGGAGUAGUGUUUUCCAUUCUGAGGUGCCCCCUGUACACAAAGUUGUCUGGCCAAGGAGAGCUCACAAAUUCAUACAUCUAUAAGUGAUAGGAACAGAAUUAGGCCAUUCUGCCCAUCAUGUCCACUCCCCCAUUCAAUGAUCUAUCUUUCACUCUUAACCCCAUUCUCCUGCCUUCUUCCCAUAACCCCAGACACCCGGACUAAUGAAGAAUUGAGGAUGCACACACUGAGGAAAUUGCAUGAACCUCCCCCAUUAAAUAUGUCAGGGGAGAGCUGCAGAAUACUAACAAUACCAGCCUUUCAUGUGGACAGUUAUACACUCACACGCCUGCACGCGCACAAGUCUUUCACAAUCAUUUCCCCCUCAAUUCACCCAGCGUGACGAGGAGUCUUAUAACUGCCUCAAAUACUCAAUUAAACUAAGACUACUAUGUUGACUUCAGAAGGGGAGAGCUACGAAACACGGAACCUAUGGAAGACACAAUGUGCCGGAGUAACCCAACGGGUCAGGCACCAGCAUGUAGACAGGUACAUGGAUAGGACAGUUUUGGAGAGAUAUGGACCAAAUGCUGGCAGGUGGGACUAGUGUAGCUGGGACAUGUUGGUCAGUGUGGGCAAGUUGGGCCGAAGGGCCUGUUUCUGCGCCUUAUCACUAUAUGACUAUCUGUGGAGAACAGGGAUAGAUGACGUUUUGGGACGGGGCCAUUCUUCAGGUCCCUAGAAUCAGUCUGAAGAAGGGUUCCAGCCUGAAUGGGGAAGUGUGGGAUGAAAUAAAUAUUUUCCACAAUAACAUGAGUUGAAUUUAUUGCCACAUUGUUCUGAUAAUCUCGUAAUGGUAAAUAUAAAAGGUAGCAGCAAACUGCAGACUGAAAUGAUGGCUGUGGGGCAUCAUAAAGCAUAAGGCAUUGUUAAAGGCACUCGUCUAGGGUUGUCAACUGUCCCGUAUUAGCCGGGACAUCCGAUAAAAUGGGCUAAAUUGGUUUGUCCCAUAUGGGACCACCCUUCUCCCGUGUUUGACUGCAACUAUUCGGGUCGAGGGGACUGUCAGGUCAGAGCGCCGCGUCCGUCCCGCCUCACUUGUCCCGACAUAGUGCAGCCCAUGGAGUGCAGCAGCAGCGCCUCGCCCGUGGCCCUGGCGAUCAGCAGCCCUGACAGCUUACUGCCGACACCACCACCCCUCCUUCUCAGGCCGAUCAUCGGUUCAUGAGUUGGAUGGGGUGCCGGACUUUGGGCGCGAUGUCGCGCGGCCCGGGCCAAAACUCCUAAGCUGGCCCGCCGGCUGGGCUUUGUGUGCAGUCCAGCACCCGGGCCAACUCAUCAUUCACCCGGCCAUGGCAGUGUCAGUCAACGAAUUGCCGUUGGGAAUUUGUCCUGUAUUUUGAUCUUAUUUGGGAGUGAGAAAGUUGGCAACACGUCUAUGCAUGUGACUGUGAGGGGCUACGUUGUCAACUGUUGGUGAAGUGUAGGAGAUGGGAACACAUUCGAGAUGUGUUCAGUUCAGCUUAGUCUAGUUUAGAGAUACAGCGCGGAAACAGUCCCUUUGUGACCAUCGAUCACCCGUACACUUGUUCUAUGUUAUCCCACUUUCUCAUCCAUUACUUACACAUUACAUACUGCAGCCAAUUAACCUACAGUUAACCUACGUCUUUGGAGCAUGGGAAGCAACCGGAGCACCCGGAGAAAACCCCAGCGAGUAUGUACAAACUGCGCACAGACAGCACCCGUAGUCAGGAUCGAACCCGGCACCCUGGCGCUACGGGUUAGCAGCUCUACCGCUGUGCCACCGUGCCGCCAGCUUUCAGGACUCUCCUUUUCUGCUGAAGUUGUGGAAAUAAUAAUGCUGCAGUCAUCACACACUGUGAUGCUGCGGCUACUCAGCCUGUUGGUCAACACCUAAAAAAAUCUGUUGUCCAAAAACAAAAGAAAACGUUGUCUAGGCAAGAAUUGAAUUGUCGUAUCUGGGACACAAGACAAUAAAACUCUCUUGACUUGCCUCUUGAAAAGCUGAUUUCUGAGGGUCAUCUCUCUGACUUCCUUGUAUAGGGGGGUUGCACGGAAGGUCACUGGGUCAUAGGGCUCGACGCACGGAGCCGCUAAAUCCCACUGGAAGACAUCCGUCACUUCCGGUAUAUGUUAUUAAUGCUAGAAACACGUACUUUCCUACCUGUUAAAAACCGCCAAAAUGUUGCAUUUUUGCGCUGAAAAAAAUUGUGGGAGUCGGGGUAAGUGUGAGAGACAUGUACCUAACUUCAGAAUUCCAAACGUGAAGCGAAAUGAAGGUAUAGAGAAGCGAGAACUGAAGGGACUGCAGCAGCUAAAGUGCUUGGCGAACAUUGAAAAUAUUGGGAAUUAUCGCGUUUGCUCACUGCAUUUCAUCAAGUAAGGCAUUAUUUAUGUUUUUUCUUGAUUCCUUUGGUAUCUAAAAAUUCUCAGAAGUGAUAAAUCUGGCUGUAAAUUUUUCUUCAGUUGCGUUUUCAUUUUGUAUGUAAAAACCCACGAGAACCAUGGGCGAUUUAAAAAAAUUACAGCCAGAUUUAUCACUUCUGAAACUUUUUAGUUGCCAAAGCAAUCAAGAAAAACCACAAAUAAUGCCUUACUUGAUGAAAUGCAGUGAUCAAACGGCCAAUGUUCGCCAAGCUCUCUGGCUGUUGUUGUCCCUUCAGCUCUCGUUUCUAUCUACCGUCAUUUCUCCUCAUUUUUGGAAUUCUGAAGUAGGCUAAAUGUCUCUCACGCUUAUCCCGAUUUCCAUAAUUAUUUACAGCGCAAAAAUUGACAAUUUCAGCGGGUUUUCAGAGCAACAUGAUGAUAACUAACAAACAGAGAAUGAAGAGUGAAUGAAGAACUUCAAUAUGUGAGAAUAACUCAGUUUGAUAGUGACAGAUAGAAAACUUACAGAAGUUGUGGGGCUUUUAGAAUGAAUAAACUGUAUGUUCCUCAUGUCCGAUCCUUAUCUCCAGCAGUAAGAAAUGUGGUUGGUUUGAGCUUUGUAAUAACAAGUCACACCCCUUAAAGCAGAAAUAUCUUCCAUUUGCCAAUCUCUUUGGCAAGUUUCACUGAGGAUGUGAGGUCUUACUAAACAGUCUUGUGCUUACGAGCCGGGUUCACAAAGACAAUGGUGGAGCUGCCAAACAGCACGGGAGAAGCUGGUCUCUCUCUCGGCACGGAGGUUCGGGUAGCAGCAAGCAUCAUCUUUGGAGCAACCUGUCUCAUUGGGGUCCCCGGCAAUUCCAUCGUCAUCUGGGUGAUAUUGUUCAAGAUGAAAAGGCGACCGUCCACCGUUUUGCUCAUCCUCAACCUGGCCAUCGCAGAUCUCGUCCUUCUGCUCACAUUGCCCCCGUGGAUUUACUCCAUCAACAACGGCUGGACCUUUGGUACGGAUUCGUGCAAGGCCCUCACUUACCUGAUCUACUGCAACCUGUACGGAAGUGUGUUCUUCAUCACGCUGAUGAGCGUGGACCGCUUCAUGGCCGUCAUCUAUCCAUUCGCCUCCCAACGCUGGCGGACGGAGAGGUCUGUCUGCAAGGUAGUGCCCGUGGUUUGGGCACUGGCCUUUCUCUUUGCUGUUCCUGUUAUUCAAUUGAUGAAGGUUCAGACCAUAGAUGGCCAGCCCACGUGCCAAGACAACAAGUCCGGUUCGAAAGCCCAGCGAAUUACUUCCCUUGUGAUGGAGACAUUCAUUGGGUUUGUGAUUCCUCUCACAGUGCUUGCUGUCUGCUACACUCACGUCGCUAGAAGGGUGAGCCAAAUGACCUUCAAGAAUAAAAACAGGACUGAGAUGCUGAUCGCCAGCAUCGUCAUAGCAUUUAUGAUCUGCUGGCUCCCUUACCACGUGUUCAACGUGUUUAAAUUUGCCUCCCUGAUGGUGGACCCGGGUUCGGGUGCAUUUAGAGCACUGGGGAACGUUUCCGAGAUUGGGUCGUACAUAACUGGGGCAUUAUCCUUCUUCAGCAGCGCCAUUAACCCUCUGCUCUAUGCGUUCGCUGCCAAGAGUUUACGGGAGGGUUUUCGGUCUUCGGUGAUGGUAAAAGUCUUUGAGCAAAUGGCUCAGUCCACAAAAGACGAAUACGCCAUGGAGCGCUUUAAUACUCCAAAAGUGGAAAGUAUCCAAGAUCUGUAAACCAAUUUGGUGUUAAUCAUGUGUUGCAUUCACUCCUGAAUGAAUAUCCAUGGAUAAAACUGUGCAGGACAUGAGUAAAUUGCUGCAGAAAUAACUGGAUGACUUGCACUGAACCCUAGAGAUGACACAGUUUCUACACAGAAGUAAAUGAUACAUCUGUUGCACCAAAGAUUGCCUGGUAAAUUUUUAAUUGAAAAGUUUGUACUAAUAGUUUACAUCUUUGAGUGCCGCAGAAUUUAACUUUUAUUAGAUCAUAAAGCAUUUCAAUCCAGCGAAUAAUAACAUUUAUGUAUUUUUUCCUAUUGCCUUUCUAGUAUCAGCACUUGUAGCUUUUCUUCCCCUUUUUAGUUUAUUUUCAAGAUAGUGUGGAAACAGGCCCGACCAAUGAUCACCGGUACACUAGUUCUAUCCUACACAGUUGCAACAAUUUUACAGAGGCGAGCUUAACCUGCAAACCUGCAGGCCAUUGGAACGUGGCAGAACCCGGGGAAAACCCACACGGUCACAUAGAGAAUGUACAAACUCCAUACAGAUAAUAGUGCUAAUAGUCAAACAUUGAUCACUUCCAUAUCGUACUUUGAUCGAACUACAGAACGCAAUCAGGAAAGGGUUUUGUCAAACAAAUUGUCAUGGAUGUAAUCUAUGUGAUUUAUUGUAUGGAGGAUACAGUUUAACAACUUUCAUUUGUCUUUGACUGAUUCCUGUAUAGAUUCGUAAUGUCAUUCCUUCAAGUGAGUGCUGGAGUAAGUUAUGCUCAAUAUCACUUAGAGUUAAAUAGCGAAUGAUACUUCAAGUUGAAGGGCUGCUUUAAGGGAACUCCAGACAGGCGGUCGACUGUACUGAUGGGGAAGGGUUCCUUCCAGCGGUGACUGGAGUAAGUUGCAUUCAGUGUCAGAAAUGGAGAGAAGUUCGAUGUGAUCAGAAAUCAAAGUUAAUGGCUGUAAAGUAUGCAGUAUUGAAGUCAUAACAGUUUAAUCUUCAGUUUUAUUCCUUUGCUUUUAAUAAAUUGUUCAAAUCCAAUGUGUAUGCUUAUUGCUGAUCAGAUGCUUGGCAGGAUAUGGUGCUCAGUAAAGAUAGACUCAAUUCAGUUUUAGAUAACAUCUUAUUUCAUUUCAUUUGUAAGCCUUCGCAGUGAAACAUAGUAACAUAGAAAUUAGGUGCAGGAGUAGGCCAUUCGGCCCUUCGAGCCUGCACCGCCAUUCAAUAUGAUCAUGGCUGAUCAUCCAACUCAGUAUCCCGUACCUGCCUUCUCUCCAUACCCCCUGAUCCCCUUAGCCACAAGGGACACAUCUAACUCCCUCUUAAAUAUAGCCAAUGAA